AUGUCUGAGUUUUCUUUUACAUAUAUGAUCAACGAAUUUGAUAUCAUAAAUUUGUAAUCAGAUAGAAUUGAAGAAGAUGAUGAUGAUGAUGAUGAGUAGCCGCAUAGCGCUUGUCACGCUUUGGCUGCUAUCAUUCUCAACUGCCUUAUUAUUAUUAUGUGAUGGUACUUCACAUGUAGUUUGCAGUGAAAAAGAAAAAACAGCUCUUCUCAAUUUCAAACAAUGUAUCAGUUGGGAUCCUUCCAACAGGCUAUCCUCAUGGUCCGGACUCCAACAAGAUUGUUGUACUUGGACUGGAGUCCGCUGCAACAAUGUUACUGGUCGAGUCAUCCAGCUUCACCUCUCCAAUCCAUACAAUCACUUUGAUGAUUAUGAAUCUUAUGAAACGCAAUUGUUGGGUGGGAAGAUUAGUUCCUCUUUGGUGGAAUUAGAAUCUCUGAUUUACUUGGACUUGAGUAUGAACAAUUUCAGUGGUUCUACUAUUCCAAGUUUCUUUGGUUGUAUGCCGAGUUUGAGAUAUCUCAACCUCUCUUAUGCUUAUUUUGAGGGAUUGAUUCCUCAUCAACUUGGGAAUCUCUCUGGGCUUCGUGUUCUUGAUCUAAUUUCUUAUUAUGAUCAACUUUAUGUUGAUGACCUUAGUUGGACUGCUGGUCUUCAUUCCUUGGAAUACAUUGACAUGAGUUCGAUUGACCUUGGCAAGGCGGUUGAUUGGCAUAGACAACUGAGCAACCUUCCUUCCCUUUCAGAACUACGUUUGUCCAACUGCAAUCUCCAAGGGCCGAUUUCUCAUCAGCUUGCCAAUCUAUCGAGCCUUCGUCAUCUCGAUCUAGGAUUUAAUUUUGUACUUUAUGCUGAUGAUCUUAGUUGGAUUGAAAGCCUUCAUUCCUUGGAAUACCUUCACAUGAGCGGUGCUGACCUUCACAAGGCAGUCGAUUGGCUUCAAUCGGUGAGCAUGCUUCCUUACCUUUCAGAGCUGUAUUUGCCCUUCUGCCAACUUGAGAAAAUGAUUCCACCUCUUUCUUAUGUUAACUUUACAUCUCUUAAAUUCAUUGAACUUCGUAAGAACAAUUUCAAUUGCAAGAUACCAGAUUUGUUGUUUAAUUUCACUAGUAACCUUCAGUCUCUUUACCUAUCCCGCAAUUCCCUAUAUGGUCAAAUACCUAGCAUCAUUUCAAAACUUCGCCUGUUGAGAGAGUUAGACUUGGGAGACAAUCAUCUAAUUACAGGGGAAAUCCCAGACGGGCUUGGGCAAUUGAAACAUCUUGAAUAUUUGUCACUUACGGGGAACUCAUUGUAUGGUCCCAUUCCAGCAUCUAUUGGAAACUUAUCGUCCUUGAGAUUAUUAGAUCUUUCUGAUAAUAAAUUGAGUGACACUUUUCCAAAAAGUAUGGGGUUCCUCUCAAAUCUUGAGAAAUUAUUGGUAGGUCAUAAUUCCUUAGGAGGCAUUGUUUCCGAAGUGAAUUUUGCCAAACUCUCAAAAUUGAAGUAUUUGUAUAUGUCUUCAAACUCUCUUUUCUUCAACGUGAACUCUAAUUGGGUUCCUCCCUUUCAACUUGAGAUGCUUAGUAUGAGCUCCUGCAAAAUGGGUCCAAGUUUUCCUUCAUGGCUACAAACACAAGUAUCUUUGUACUUAUUAGACAUUUCCCAAUCGGGAAUUUCAGGUGCAGCUCCAGAAUGGUUGUGGAAGUGGGUGUCAGGUAUUGAUUCUAUCAAUCUCUCCAACAACCAGAUAAAUGGAGACAUAUCGAACGUGUUCCUAAACUAUAGUUUUGUUGAUAUUAGUUCUAAUCGUUUCGAGGGUUCAUUACCACGUUUGUCUCCAAAUGUUAGAUAUUUGAACCUUGCAAACAAUUCUUUCUUUGGACCCAUUUCCUCAUUCUUGUGCCAAGAGAUGAAUGGAGAAAGUAUGUUGGAGGUUCUGGAUGUAUCAAAUAAUAUAUUAUUAGGUGAACUUUCUCAUUGCUUGAUGCAUUGGCAACAUCUGACCCAUGUGAACGUGGGAAGGAACCACCUGUCUGGUAAAAUUCCAAACUCAUUGGGUUCGCUGAGGUUUCUCGAAUCUUUGCAAUUGCAUGAUAACAAUUUCUUUGGAGAAAUACCUUUAUCAUUGCGAAACUACACCUAUUUGAGCCUCAUUAAUUUAGCUGGAAAUGAAUUUACCGGACUCAUUCCGAGUUGGAUUGGAGAAAUUUUAUACUUGCAGGCUCUCAGCUUAAGAUCCAAUAAAUUUAUCGGCAAUAUACCGUCACAAAUAUGCCAACUUUCUGAGCUUAAAAUCCUUGAUCUUGGGAAUAAUAACCUAUCCGGACCGAUACCAAAAUGUUUGAAGAAUAUCACUGUGCUGACUAUCACAAAUUCUUCAUAUCAUUACAGAUUUGAAAUUGGAGAAAGUUUUAAUAAUAAUAUUCCAACUGAAUUUUAUUACUACAUAUUUGCUAGAUAUGGAGUAAGUUUGAAUAAUUUUCCACUUGGAGUAUACUACAAAGAUAUUCUCUCAUUGGUGACAAAAGGGAGAGAAUCAGAGUACAAGGAAAUCCUUGGACUUGUUACGAGCAUAGAUCUCUCACAUAAUAAUUUAUCUGGUUCAAUUCCAGAUGAUUUUUCUAGUCUUGAUGCAUUGCGAUUUUUAAACUUGUCUCAUAAUAAAAUUACGGGAAAGAUACCGGAGAACAUUGGGGGCAUGAAACUGUUAGAAUCCCUUGAUAUCUCGAGAAACUAUAUUUUGGGUGAAAUUCCUCAAAGCAUGUCUAAUUUGACAUUUCUGAGUUACUUGAACUUGUCAUACAACUUCUUAAAUGGAAGAAUUCCUACGGGCACCCAACUUCAGAGUUUUGAUGCAACUAGCUACAUUGGCAAUGCUAAACUUUGUGGAGCCCCUCUCAACAACAAUUGCACAAGAAGAGAAGAAUCUCAAGGUGGAGGUGUGACGUCAAUGGAGGAAGAGGAAGAAGAGCAUGAAAUGGUUUGGUUUUAUAUUGGUAUGGGUCCAGGAUUUGUGGUUGGAUUUUGGAUUGUUUGUGGUACUCUUCUCCUCAAAAGGACAUGGAGGCAUGCUUAUUUUCAGCUUCUUGAUGAUAUGAAAGACCGGAUCUAUGUGGCUAUAUUGAUAAAGGUGAAUUGGUUCCGCAACAAGUUCAAGAGAUCUAAUGAAACAUGAAGAACAUCAUCAUCUUCUACAAGAUUGCUGAUACAAUGAAUAAUUCCCUGCUGGACGUUUUGGAUCAACCGGGAGCUAGAUUUUGAAUGUGGUUGUGGAUCUGUUGUUGGUGUGAUAAUUUGGUUGCUUUGUUGGUUUGUUUGUCUUUCUUCUUUUCUUGACAGCAGGCUUUUUUUCUUCUAAUAAGUGGUUUUCUUUUAUGGUAAUGUAAUGAGGAGGGUAUGCCUUCCUAUCCAAUUGUAUUGUGUGGCCUGGUUGUGUUAUAAAAUCUGGUUUGCUUAGGAAAAACAAA